AAUCGUUUCUCUCCCAGCUGCCACUGGGCGCCACUUCCUUCCAGGUUUUUCACCAUUUCCUCUCCUCCUCGUCACCCUUUCUCGUUCACUCGUUCCUGCCCCGUCCUGCAGCGGAGGGGCUGCCACGUGCUGGUCCUGGGCUCAGACCCCCCCACCAGCCCCCAGCCCCACCUGCAGCCACGAGGCUGGUGUUUGUGCGUCCGGCGCGUCUCCCGUCCCCUCUCUGCUCCGUACCCGUCUGCCGAGCCCCGGCCCGGGACCAGGGAGCCCAGACACCAUGGCGGUAUCGGGGGCCUGGCCCCAGCCGAAAAUCCGGCCUACGCUCCUGCUUCUCCUGGUAGCUGCAGCCUGUGCACAGGUGUCACUCGAAGAGAAGGAGACGGCCAGUGAGGAAAGCCGGCACAUCGGUACCAGUCCAGAAACUGCCUCGUCCUCUGCCGAAUUAGCCAGAAACAGCACCGAGCCCUCUGCCGAAUUAGCCAGAAACAGCACCGAGCCCUCUACCCAAUUAGCCAGAAACAGCACCGAGCCCUCUGCCGAAUUAGCCAGAAACAGCACCGAGCCCUCUACCAAAUUAGCCAGAAACAGCACCGAGCCCUCUGCCGAAUUAGCCAGAAACAGCACCGAGCCCUCUGCCGAAUUAGCCAGAAACAGCACCGAGCCCUCUACCCAAUUAGCCAGAAACAGCACCGAGCCCUCUGCCGAAUUAGCCAGAAACAGCACCGAGCCCUCUACCAAAUUAGCCAGAAACAGCACCGAGCCCUCUGCCGAAUUAGCCAGAAACAGCACCGAGCCCUCUGCCGAAUUAGCCAGAAACAGCACCGAGCCCUCUACCAAAUUAGCCAGAAACAGCCCCGAGCCCUCUGCCGAAUUAGCCAGAAACAGCCCCGAGCCCUCUGCCGAAUUAGCCAGAAACAGCACCGAGCCCUCUGCCGAAUUAAGGCAUCCACAGCAGGAACCCACCGCCGCCCAGAUGCUGGCAAUGAAAGAUUCGGUUGGCUCAGUGUCUCCGUCUGGCCUUCCCUCUACGGCGGCGACCGUGGCCCCGAGAUCCGGCCUGGCCAGGGCGACGGCAGCGGGUGGCGAACAGCCCGUCACGGAUGAGAAGCUGAAGGGGCAGGCGGGCACGGUGGCAGGGAGCCCGGGUCCGGGGCAGGAGACUCAGACCGUGCCAGGCAGGGGCGGGCAGACCACGAGCACCCCCAUGGAGCCCGCCAAGGGCACCGAUCGGAGCGGGCACAACCAGACCGCGCCAGCCAGCACCCAUCGGACCGGCCGCUACAGGGCCGCCCCAGACCACACCUCUGGGCCCUGGGAGAAGCAGCCCACCCCCAAACUCUCGCCCCCUGCCCUGUCCCUCACCCCGCCUGCCAAGAAACAGGAGCCCGUCCCCGAGGACAUCACGACCCCGGCCUCCAGCCCCGCCCCCGGCACCCGCCAGCUGCCCGUGAUCAUCAUUGUGGUGCUGCUGGUUGUCGCCAUCGUGGUGCUGGCCCUGCUCGGCCUGGCGCUGCACUGUCGGCGCCGGCGCCGCUGCGGCUCCACCAGCUUCAGCGGGGGGGCGGGGCCCGGCGAGUGGGCGGGGCCGGUGAGCCUGCCGGAGGAGAAGGGCGAGGGGCAGGCCGGGGACGGGGGGCAGCAGGCCGGGCUGGGCGAAGGCAGGCGGCCCACGCUGACCACCUUCUUCGGGAAGCGCCACUCCCGGGUGUCCUCGGUGGCCAUGGAGGACGUGGCCGGGGCCAAGGGCGAGGGGCCCCUCUCGGAGCCCCUGCUGGCCGCGGGGGAGCAGGGGGGCGACCCCGCGCCACAGGGGGCAGGGGAAGCCAACGGGAUGGUGCCCGGACCCCCCUCGCCCCCUCCGGGCCCCCCCGCCAACGGGGAAUUCCCCCUGCCCCCUCCCAUGGAGCAGGAAGCCUUGCCCCCCGUGUAAGCCC